AUGCAGCUUGCGAUCAAGACUUUAUGGCUACAAGGCAAACCAAUGAAUUACAAAUGUUUCAGUUGUCCAAACUUUACUAGACGUUGGACAUUUUGCGAAUUUGCUACGAACCGUUUAUCUCCUGAACUCGGAAAGCGACCACGUACGAAAAGUUCAACGACACUUGGCGAACACGAAGGGUCGCAGCGUCACCAACACCAACAACAACCUGCAGCAAAGCUACCCCACCUUCUGGUUUAUGUUGGACAAACUACUCCACCAGGCUCUUUCGCGCCAGUCCUCGUACCCCAUUUAUUGCGCGAUAACUCCGAAUCUGCAGAGAGCCACGAUGCGCGGAAAAAGCGUGAACAUACGCCGCCGCAAGCAGUAUGCGAAAGGUUGGCGAAAUAUUUCCGUGAGACAGAUAUCGAUAUGCUAAGGCUGACCGAAAUGCGGUUUACGGAUGAAUUUGUGGAUCGUUUAGUGGCUACUUUUGGGGCGCAAAAGAUACGAUGUAAAAAGCUGGAAAUCAGCCUCUGCAAAUUAAAUUAUAUCACAGCCAAAAAGUUCCAUCAGUUCAUUCAAAUGGUCGAAUGCGAACAGACUUGCUUAAUUUGGCUGCGAGGUAAUAACGGCCACUUAUGCAAUUCUCGUGAAUUUUUAUCGUCAUUCCUUGGCUUACGUUCACUGCGGAUUAUUGCUGUAACACCAGAAAUAUCUAUUGGUGAUGACCAGUUCUUAAUUGAUUUCCUCGAGAAUAAAGCAGCGAAAUACUCCGAAGAAACUGUAUUGCGCCUGGAUUAUUGCUCUAUCACUACCAUUGGUCUUUACAAGGCUAUUGAGGCCAGUUAUUUUCCACCCAUUUAUAUGAAAGAGUUCCAUCAGUUCAUUCAAAUGGUCGAAUGCGAACAGACUUGCUUAAUUUGGCUGCGAGGUAAUAACGGCCACUUAUGCAAUUCUCGUGAAUUUUUAUCGUCAUUCCUUGGCUUACGUUCACUGCGGAUUAUUGCUGUAACACCAGAAAUAUCUAUUGGUGAUGACCAGUUCUUAAUUGAUUUCCUCGAGAAUAAAGCAGCGAAAUACUCCGAAGAAACUGUAUUGCGCCUGGAUUAUUGCUCUAUCACUACCACUGGUCUUUACAAGGCUAUUGAGGCCAGGCUGAUUAAUUUCAAUGAGCUCCUGAAUAAACUUUCCGUGGAUUGUACGAAACGGGCAAACUCUCAUGCCUACCGGUUAGAUCAUCCGCAGUUGUGCAAUGAUGCUCUUCUGCUAUGGAACGAUUCGGAUGGUACGCAUGUGGCUAGCAACAGGAAUCCAAAUUGCUGUUGCAAAUGA